AUGUCCAGACAGUUAACUCUCUUUCAAUCAAUCCAGCUUAACCAGGGGGAUGGUGGUAGUAGUAACAGUACUGUCAUAGAGCCUGACGCAUCUGACUGUCCCAGUCCCACAAACCUUCAUGGUGAAGAAUCAACCACUGUUAGCUCAAAUGUGGGUUCGAAUGAGUCAUGCUCUGUAGAAGAAGAGGAAUCAUUGAACAUUGAUAUUGCCUCUGGUCCACAUGAGAAUCCAGUUCAACCCAUAAAUUACCCGUUUCCCUUUACCAUGAUCAGCAACAAGGCACGCUCUUUUAAUGCGAAGUGGUAUCAACAAUAUGAAUGGAUUGAGUAUUCAAUUGCAAAAGAUGCAGUGUUCUGUUACCCCUGUCGCUUGUUUUGUCAUGCCAGUAAUAAAGCUGAAGAUCGUUUUGUUACCCUUGGAUUCAGAGACUGGAAACAUGCUAGUGGAAAAGGUGGGGCCUUUGCUAAACAUGAUACCUCUAAGAGUCAUCAAGAGGCCUUAAUGAAUUGGAAUCAGUUCAAGGUGACAGUUGCUACUGGUUCAUCGAUUGCAACCAGAUUGGAUAGUGCCAGAAAGGAGCAGAUCAAGAAGAACCGCCACUAUUUGAUUGCUAUCAUCCAUUCACUGAUGUACUGUGCUUCACAAGAAAUCGCUCUUCGUGGUCACAGGGAAACACCAUCAGUAUCAAAUCAGGGCAAUUUUUUGGAGCUUGUCAAACUCCUUGCCAUGUAUGAUCCAAUUAUUAAUGAUCGACUAACGUCCGGUCCUCAAAAUGCACUCUACACAUCUCAUUCUAUCCAGAAUCAGCUGCUUCAUAUCCUUGGUGAGAAAAUUCGGAAUAGUAUCUGUCAUCAAGUGCAAUCAGCAGGGGUGUUUAGUAUAUUAGCAGAUGAGACGAAGGAUUUUUCGAAGCAGGAACAGAUGUGUUUUGUGGUUAGGUAUGUUGAUAUGGCCCAAGGUGAGAUCCACGAACACUUCCUGACAUAUGUCGAAGCGAAGGCUCUUGAUGCUACUAGCCUUUCCACAUAUAUCAAAGAUCUUCUCUUAAAGUUUGAUUUAGAUUGUUCAAAGAUAGUUAGUCAGGGGUACGAUGGGGCUAGUGUGAUGAGUGGUAGGUGUGCUGGUGUCCAAGCCAAAGUACGAGAAUUCGCUCCAAAUGCUGUAUACAUUCACUGCUAUGCUCACAUUUUGAAUUUGGUUCUAGUGGAUUCCUGUAGAUCUGUCUCUUCUGCCUCUGAAUUCUUUGCACUCCUUGAAGCUUUAUAUGUCUUUAUGGCAUCAUCAAAAGCACAUACAGUUUUUAUAGAGGUACAGAAGAAGAAUAACCCAGACAAGCAACCGUUAGAACUCCAGAAACUGUCCGACACUCGAUGGGCUUGUCGAUAUGCUGCUAUCAAUACAAUAUGCCGUACCUUUGAUUCCCUAUUGAUGGCUUUAGAAGAAAUUGGUUCAUCUUCUGAUCACUCGAAAGCAGUCGAAGCCAAAGGGUUAUUGUUCCAGGUUCAGUCAUUUUCCUUCCUACUCUCACUUGUCAUCUUUGAUCGUAUUCUGUCAUGUACCAAGCAGCUCUCAGAUCAGCUACAAUCUUCAAAGAUUGAUCUGUAUCGUGCCUCCGAACUGGUUACAGCAUCCAAGGUUAUGCUUCAACAAUUCCGUACUGAUGAAUAUUGGGAUCAAAUCUUCCGUUAUGCCACUGACAUAGCGAACACUAAUUCUAUAUCAACUGAAGUGGAUGAGCCACGGUCUACCAGGAAGCGAAGAAGACCUGCCAACCUUGAUGACAGUAUCAUCACAGAUUCUGUUGGAUCUCGGGAGCCUAUUACAACAUCAAGUCAUUUUAAAACAAGGCUAUACUUUCCUGUACUUGACCAGUUCCUUGUAGAAAUGAAUGCGCGAUUCAAUCAGUCCAAUUCCAUCAUUCUAAAGGGAAUAGCCACAUGUAGUCCGUCUUCAUCUGUAUUUCUAGAAUUUCAAGACAUGAAAGAAUUUGCACUCAUGUUCGGAAUAGAUGUGACAACUCUGGAAAUGGAAGUUGCCUUGGUUUCUCGAGUUGCCUCCCUCAACAGCAUAAAAACAACAGUUGACCUCGGUCGUUAUCUUCACUCCUGUUUGCCUGCGUAUAGAAAUCUCUAUGACACCGUUCAAAUCGCCCUCACAAUUGCUGUAAGCAGUGCUGAGUGUGAGCGCUCCUUCUCCUCACUGAAACGAAUCAAAACCAGGCUGAGAACUACAAUGGGAGAAGAUCGUUUGUCUGACCUGGCUAUACUGUCCAUCGAAAGGGAUAUGGCUUCAAAAACUUUAGACUAUGAACAAAUAAUAGAUGAAUUUGCAUCUGCUGACAAAAACCGACGAAUAGUUCUUUCUUAA